GCCCCAUUCACCAUUACAAUGGAUGACAUAAAAACCUCAACCAAAACCUCCACCCAACUCCACCAACCUGCGACCUUCUAUUUGUUCAAUGGGUUCGAUUAUUAGAAAGGAUGCGUUUGGCGUUAACUAUGAUUACUCCUUCAAGCUGCUCUUAAUUGGCGACUCCGCUGUUGGGAAGAGCAGUCUUUUGCUCUCUUUCAUCAAUCUCUCUCCUCAGGACCUCUCCCCAACUAUUGGAGUCGACUUCAAGAUAAAGCUGUUAACCGCUGCUGGAAAGAGACUUAAAUUGACAAUUUGGGAUACUGCUGGGCAGGAAAGGUUCAGAACAUUAACGAGUUCCUAUUACAGAGGUGCGCAUGGAAUUAUCCUUGUUUAUGACGUGACAAGAAGAGAGAGCUUCACUAAUUUAUCCACUACGUGGAUAAAGGAACUAGACUGCUACUGCACUAAUCCUGAUUGUGUCAAAAUACUCAUCGGUAACAAAAUUGAUAAGGAAAGUGAGAGAGCCGUUACUAAAGAGGAAGGCGCGGCGCUUGCACAAGAACACAAGUGUUUAUUUAUCGAGUGCAGUGCUAAGACUCAAGAAAAUGUGAAGCAAUGCUUUAAAAAUCUUACUAUUAAGAUGCUGGAGGUACCUAGUUUGCUUGAAAAAGGUUCGACACCCAUUAGGAACCAGAUGCUGAAGCAAAAGGAGGUUUGCGAAGCACAUCGUAGUGAAAAAUGUUGUGCUUAGAUUUGGAAAUGUUAAGUUAAUGAAGAUUGAAGACUACACGUGUUAAGAGGUGUACAUUUGUAUCUUAUCCGGUGCUUCUGGGUCGUGUGUGGUGAAAAAUGCUUCUGACUGCGGGAAACACAUGCAGAUUCUUGUUAUUCACUUCAAAGAGUCUGACUGUAAUUUUUUGAAUUGGUUUUAUCGUUGUACAUGUCCACGAGUCAGGUAGUGGUAAGGCCAUGUAAAUCGACAUUUUCUUGCAAACGGAUGCUUAUAUCAAAAGAGAUCAUACUAACAGUGGCUUCGUAUAUUAGGGUGCAGUGUUGGGACUGUGAUCGUUGCCAUAAUUUAUUUUGUGAUGGUAUUACUGUUAACCAAAGGCUUUCAAUUCUGUUGGUGAAAUUACUUCACGGUAGAGCUGUUAUGCAUGAACAACUCGAUUCGGUUCGUGAAAGCUUGAGCUUGGGUCAUUCUAUUACUUAAAGUAGUUGAACUCGAACAACUAAUCAAGUUUGUUUAUUAAAU